AUGACAGACCAUCGAUUUGCAUCUCGAACUUUUACGAAUUCAAAUUCAACGUAUAAUUCUAUGAGUAAUAAUCGUUCAGAACGAAAUCAUUCUCGUACACUGGUCGAUGAAGAUUGGGAUGCGGAAAUCGAAGACGCGAAUACAAAGCCAAGUUUACCAAGAUUCGAUCGAAUUGAAAAUCAGUCCGUUCGAGAUUUUCAAGAUCAGACCCGUUCGUUUAGCAAUUUCGAUCGCAACAACGGAGGUUAUGCACAUGGAGGAAACUCCCGGGAUUAUUUAAUUGAUAGUAAUGACGUACCGCGAUUGAUUGGAAAAGGCGGAGCCACUAUUAAGCAACUUCAACGAGAUAAUAAUGCACAAAUUAAAGUUUCUAACGAUCGACAAAGUCAAUGGGUAGAUCUGGUGAUAUCAGGCGCGAAUGAUCAAGUUAUUAAUAAUACUUUUAAUCAAAUAAAACAAUUUCGAGUGUCGAUCAAAGACAAAAGUGAGCCAUUUCCAAGCAAGCCAACUUUUUCGUCAGGAUUUACCACAAAUAACACGUUCUCUCAAAGUUCCAACGGAUUUUCGUCGUCAACAUCUCGACUGAAUGAUUACAGUACCUUAAGUUCUCGCGGACGAGGAUUUACAAAUUCAUCAAAUACAUACGAUAAUUCUUCGUCUCGUUCGAAUUUCAAUAAAAGAUCGAAUCGUCGUUUCGACCCAGCUGGAAAUGAAGAUGAUGAUGAAUACAACAACAUGUUUGGUUCUGACGAGGAAACGUUGGACAAUCGAGAAAAGCCGAAUUUUACCUCUGCCUUUCCAUCGACAACUUCAUUAUGGAAUACAAAUACUUUCGAUCCAAGCAAACGUGUCGAUUGGGCAAAGAUGCGUCAGACGGAUACGGUAAACGACAUGACAAAGUGGAAAGAUUUUCCACCAGUUAUCAAAGAUUUCUAUCACGAAUUGCCUGACAUUGCACAAAUGCUUCCCGAAGAUGUUGAAGCCUUGCGUGCCGAGAAGAACAACAUUGUCGUGUCAUGGUUUGAUACGUCAGCGAAAGACGAAUAUGAGAAGAAAAACAAUUGUAAAUUAGCCAUACCAAAUCCAAUCUAUGAGUUUGCACACGCAUUUCACAAUUAUCCAGAAAUAAUGAACGAAAUUGCCAAGCAAGGUUUUACUGAACCGUCACCAAUUCAAUGCCAAGCAUGGCCAGUCGCAUUGCAAGGACAAGACUUUAUUGGAAUUGCACAAACUGGUACGGGAAAAACAUUGGCUUUCCUUCUACCUGCAUUGAUUCAUAUCGAUAAUCAACCUCCAGCAAAGAUUAAGUACCAAGGUCCGAAAGCACUGAUUCUCUCGCCCACACGUGAAUUAGCGAUUCAAAUUCAUCAGGAAGUACAAAAGUAUAGCUAUCGUGGUAUUCGUAGUGCUGUGAUAUACGGCGGUAGUAGCCGAAAAAAUCAAAUCCAUCAGUGUGAAACAGGUGUCGAAAUCAUUAUUGCUACCCCUGGCCGCCUCAAUGAUCUUGUAAUGAGUAAUGUCAUCGAUCUUCGAUCUGUUACUUUUCUGGUUCUGGAUGAAGCUGAUCGAAUGUUAGAUAUGGGUUUUGAACCACAGAUUGUCAAGAUUCUUUUGGACAUUCGGCCAGAUCGUCAAACUAUCAUGACUAGUGCAACUUGGCCCGAAGAAGUACGACGCAUCGCUGCACGUUAUAUGCGCAAUCCUAUUCAAAUUUACAUUGGUACUCUUGAUCUAGCUGCUGUACAUAGUGUUCGACAGGAUAUUGAAAUUGUAAAAGAAGAAGAAAAAUUUGAUAUGUUAUUGGAUUUUAUUGGUCGGAUGGAUGCUGAAGACAAGGCAAUUGUCUUUGUUGAUCGUAAAUCAUCCGCUGACGCUAUUGCCAGUGAACUUAUUCGAAAACAUAUAUCUUGCCAAUCAAUUCAUGGUGAUCGAGAACAAAGUGAUCGUGAACAAGCACUAGAGGAUCUCAAAUUGGGCACUGUAAAUAUUCUCGUGGCGACGGACGUCGCUUCGCGUGGGUUGGAUAUUCAAGAUAUUACUGUUGUCUUUAAUUACGAUUUACCGAAAUCAAUGGAGGAUUAUGUACAUCGUGUUGGACGAACUGGUCGUGCCGGUAGAACAGGCUAUGCCAUCUCAUUGGUUACACGGGAAAACUGGGGUAGUGCUGGCCGGUUGAUCAAGAUUUUAGAAGAAGCCGGCCAAAAUGUUCCGGGAGAAUUGCGGACAAUGGCCGAACGUUUUAAAGCAGUACAAGACAAGAAACGUGAAUUUGGCGGUGGUCGAAAUCGUUACGGCAAUGGUGGUGAGGGUCGGUUCUUUGGUCUUGGUUCGAUCAAUCCACGUGGAGGUUCUAAUGCACGAGAUCAUCCAAAACUACCUGCGAUGAACUCAGGAUGGUCAUUUGCUUCGUGA